AUUGUCACCGGUUUUGUAUGCAAGCUAUUGUGGUAUAAUUUACAUACUAUUGUUUCACGGCGGUGUUAUACACCACAAGUUAUGUCGUAUGUGGACGUAGGAUGAUGAUAGACAAUGCUCAUGUUAAUAUAGAAUUUGUGAUUUGACGUAAAGAAAGAUUUUCCUCAACACUCACCAUGAAUUCCGGUCUGAGCCCUCUCCUCCUCCUAUUAUUUGCUGUAGUUGGCAUAAGGAACACUCUAGGAGUUGGUGUGUGCCCACAAGGAUGCUACUGUGACAAGCAAUUUGUUGACUGCAGCGCUCUCAUGAAGUUUCCCACCAACUUACCAGAUGACACUACGAGAUUCCGGUCUCAGUUGAUGAAUGUUUUGACAAUUCCACCAAAAGCGUUUUCGUAUCUGAAGAAUAUCAGUAAAAUUGAAAUAAACCAAGGUAACAUUGGGACAAUCCAGAGCUGCGCCUUUGCUGACCUACCCUCUGUGAAGCAGCUCCUGUUUGAAAAGGCGGUUAUUGGAAACGUUGAAAGUUAUGCUUUCAAUGGCUUGACGGAGGUUGAUAAAAUUGAGUUUACCAACAGCAGGAUUGGAAGGCUCAAACCCUUUGGCUUUUCUGACAUAGAAUCUCUGGGGAUGUUGAGCUUUAUAAAUACCAAUAUACCGAACUUCUACAGUCACGGUUUGUACAAUAUCAGGGAAGUCUCUACGCUGUAUUUCAAGAAGAACAAUGUCAGUGAUAUGGUGACAGGUGCCUUAACUGACAUUAAAAACAUUUCAAACGCGGAAGUGACCAGUAACACCUUCUGGAAUAUGCAUUGUGGAAAUCUCGACACUUUGUUUUCUAUGGGACGUAAUGUCAUGUUCGAAGAUAACCAAUUCUACUGCAACUGUUCAGUGAACUAUAUACUGAACACAGUCGGAAGAGUCAAAUAUGGGGUAAUUCUGCCAAAAAAUAAAUGCCAUGGCCCGAAAGCUCUAGUUGAAAAAAACACCCUUUGGCACGUCUUUUUUCAUGAGCUAGGGUGUAGAAACCAGGACCCGUCAACGGCAUUACCUUGCACACAAAUUAAGCUCAACUUUAAUCCAAGAUGCGCACUCAUUCCAUCAACACGUGGUAGUAAAGAGGACUUUGGAGACAUGCACGACCACGACCAUGAUGAUGAACAUCCGAAAGGAAAUGGAAACGCACUACAAGCGCUCGGAACAACAAUGAUCAUUUUACUCUUGUCAAUAUUUAUGUUGAAAUGUUGAAUCUAAAAAAACUUACAUUUUGCGUGAAAUUUCACAGUAACAUUAAAAAAAACUUUCUAUUUUAUUUCCAAGACCAAAAAGUUAAAUGAAUUAAGUUUAUUUUGAGUAUGAAUACAAAUGUUAAUAUACAUAAUACUAUUUAUUGUUUACUUAAUUGUGAUAAUGUGGUUUCACAGCUAUGGCUAAAUGCAAACGCAUUCAUAUGGAACAGUGCUGUUUUCGUAAUGGUGAUAAAUGAUUCUGCAUUAACAUAUAAAUGUAACAUUACAAUGGACCAAUUGAUCAGAACAUUGUUAUCAUUGAACAACAAUUCAAUAUUGUUGUAAACAACAUUAUCGUUAAAUUUAAAAUCUUGACUACUCUGAGAUUAUUAUGGGCACGCUUAAGAUCUGCCAUACUUCUUAAACAUAUUGAGAAAGCUGUUUCGGCUAUCUUGUUGUUUAAAAAGCAUAUAAUAAAAUAGUUCACAUGUAAAGUUAACAAACAUUUCCUUAACAAAGUUGUUAACUAUAACGAAAUUAUGUACCAUCCGUAGGAUAUUGUUUUAUUUGAUAGUCACAUUAAAUACUCGUAGUUUUGUUGAUGGAUGUGCUCAGCUUCUCAAAAUGAUUAAACGGCUGCAUAGUAUUACAUAGCUGAAUAAUUUAACGCCUGAUCAGGAAGUCAUUUGUCAUGAAAACGAAUUACAUGCGACUUAAGUUUGUAAAUACUUAUUAAAAACAUUGAAAGCAGUUGUUUCCCAUUUUUGUUAAGAAAGUAUCAAUCUCCGUCGCAGUGAUCUCCCUUGAGCAGAAAUGAUCAAUGACACCAUGUACAAAAAAAGACCGAUUUAAACUAUAUAUUCUGUUAAAACAAAUAUGUUAUGCACUAUUCUAAUAAAAGUCCAGUAUAUAACAUUGUUCCAGAAGUAAAAAAUAUAUUUCAAAAACAAACAUUUUUUUUAUUUUUUUUUAAAGUGACGUCACCUGAUUUUGACCAUCAUCCCAUGACAUUCUUGGAGACAGUGAUUAAUGUACGGUAAAGAGAAAUAACCGCUGUGUGGAGUUUGGAUUUCUAGAAUAGCACUUGAUUGUGCAUAACAGAAACAUUGUGUACCCCUAUUUACAAACACGAGGUUGAAUUAAAAUUAUUUCAUACAUAUUCUGUAUGUAAUAGUGUUUGCUUGUUUGUUAACCAUGAGCAAUAAAACAUUGAUAUAUA